CUGGGCCAGCGGCGGCGGCGGCGGCGGCGGUGCGGGGCGUGCGGAGCGGCGGGCGCCGCGGUCGGGGCGGGCGCGCGCGGCAGCAUGGAGGAGCUGAGCAGCGUCGGCGAGCAGGUCUUCGCCGCCGAGUGCAUCCUGAGCAAGCGGCUCCGCAAGGGCAAGCUGGAGUACCUGGUCAAGUGGCGCGGCUGGUCCUCCAAACACAACAGCUGGGAGCCAGAGGAGAAUAUCCUGGACCCAAGGCUGCUCCUGGCCUUCCAGAAGAAGGAACAUGAGAAGGAGGUGCAGAGCCGGAAGAGAGGCAAGCGGCCCCGGGGCCGGCCGAGGAAGCACACGGUGGUGUCCUGUAGCCGGCACUCCAAACUCAAGGAGCCCGACGCUCCCUCCAAGUCUAGCAGCUCUUCGUCUUCGUCCACGUCUUCCUCCACCUCCUCUGACGAAGAGGACGACAGUGACUUAGAUGCCAAGAGGGGUCCCCGGGGCCGUGAGACCCACCCGGUGCCUCAGAAGAAGGCCCAGAUCUUGGUGGCCAAGCCCGAGUUGAAGGAUCCCAUCCGGAAGAAGCGAGGCCGCAAGCCCCUGCCUCCAGAGCAGAAGGCGGCCCGGAGACCGGUGAGCCUGGCCAAGGCGCUGAAGGCCGCCCGCAAGGACCUGGGGGCGCCGGCCGGCAAGCUGCCCCCUCCGCUCAGCGCCCCCGCGGCCGGCCUGGCCGCCCUGAAGGCCCACGCCAAAGAGGCCUGUGGUGGCCCCAGCACCAUGGCCACCCCGGAGAACCUGGCCAGCCUGAUGAAGGGCAUGGCCGGCAGCCCCAGCCGGGGCGGCAUCAGCUGGCAGAGCUCCAUCGUCCACUACAUGAACCGAAUGAGCCAGAGCCAGGCCCAGGCCGCCAGCAGACUGGCCCUCAAGGCCCAGACCACCGGCAAGUGCGGCCUCGGGCUGGACCUCAAGGUGAGGACACAGAAGGGGGCCCUGGGGAUCAGCUCCCCAGGAAGCAAAGUCCCAAAGGCCCCCAGCAGUGGGGCCGUGGAGCAGAAAGGGGGAAGCGCUGGGGGGCCCCCCUAUGUCCACAGUAGCAGCAAGGGCCCUGCAGCGUGCCUGGGCCCCCAGCCCGCACCCACCCAGGAGCUGAGCCUCCAGGUCUUGGACUUACAGAGUGUCAAGAAUGGCACAGUGGGGGCGGGCACGGUCGCCCGCCAUGCCACAGCCGGCAAGGGUGUCCCUGCCACCAGCCCAGCCGUGGGGAAGAGCGUCGCGGGUGGCCCCACCGGGGGGAGCGGGGCGGCCAUGCCUUCCGAUGGCAGCAAGAGGGAGAAGCUGUCUUCCAGGGUGACGGCUCUGCCCACGUCCGCGGGCAAGAGGGACUGUGUGAGGGGUAGCGCGGCCCCCGGCAGUCAGGCGGGCCACACAGCCCCUGGGGAAGGACGCAAGGCGGCCUUGGCAGCAGAGCUGAGCGCCGGGGAGGAGAGCAGCUCCGACUCAGACCCUGGCUCGGCCUCGCCGCCCGGCGCCAAACAGAACCCAUCCGUGUCUGUCCAGACCAGCCAGGACUGGAAGCCCACCCGCAGCCUCAUCGAGCACGUCUUCGUCACCGACGUCACUGCCAACCUCAUCACCGUCACGGUGAAGGAGUCCCCCACCAGCGUGGGCUUCUUCAGCCUGAGACAUUACUGAAGCCCCACCCAGCUCUGGCCUGCCCUUCUCUGGCCUCUGGUUUUGCUUCGAUAACAGCCCUGUACCCCCAGGCCCUUUCUGGGGUCAGGGUGGCUUCCUUCCAGGGCAGGCUUGGAGGGACUUGCCCCAGCCCUGCCUGUGAUUUCAGGCAGGGGAGUACCUUGAUGCCUUGCCAAGGCCUGGCCUUGCCCUUGUUCCUACCUCUGGGCCUUCCCACGUGCCUCAAGAAAUCUGCCUCCUGCAUCUCGGGCCAAACGUUCCUCAAGGCCGUCCCCUGUUUGCUGUUGAAACUGCCCUGCCCGGCCUGUGACGACAGGGUGGGGGUCAGCUUUCCCCUGGAUUUCCGGGGGGGCACAGCUGUUAGAGGAGGGAUCCGCUCGGUAGUUCUUACCCGGUGGUGGCCUCUGGGGACUGCUCCAGGGCUCAGCUAGGUUUGUCCAGAUGGGCCAGGGGGCAGGUAAGGGACAUCACCCAUCAGGAUCCCUGCAGAACGGUGCCUGACUGCCAAGGACCAGGGGCCUUGUCCUUGUCCCUGUCCCGUGCCAACAGCUCAAGGCUACAGCCUAAAUGUGGAACAGGUGUGGGCUGCAUCCCUUGGUGACCUGUAAUUCCGGUUCAGAUUAACAACUGCAGUGCCCUAGUGCUGGCCGGAGGUCAGCACGAACCAGGAGCAGGCUGGUCCCAGAGCUGUUCCACUAGAACCUCCUGUUUCCGGGGAGCAGAAGCAGAAGGGUGUCACUUUGGCUGCCCUCCUUUCUCCUAUUCUGUGCGAGGACAGCCAUGGCCCCACACGCUGCCUCUGAGAAACUGUGGAAGGUGGGAGUGUGGGCAGUUGCUGGAGUUAGACGCACCCUCCAUGGCCUGCUGGCUUCGGGCUUGGGACAGGUGUCUGGCAGCGGCCACCGUGCCACCCUCUGCCACAGUGGGCGGGCACCGCCUUCCCUGACAAUCCCUCCCACCUUUGGGGAUUCCACAUGCUCCCUCCCCACUGUGAAGCUGUGUACCCGGACCAUUUGGAAGCAGGGCACAAUCUGAGCAUUCCCCCUACCCCUGGCAGAGGGCCCCUGGAGAGGUUGGAUCCACCAGCCUGACUGCCUACCCCCAGAUGGGCUGAGUCCGGGACGAGCCUGGUGUGGCUUGUGGCAGAAAGGAGCAGGGUCACCAGGUCUCUGUGAUGCCAAGAGAAAAGUGGAGCUGCGGGGUCCUCUUUGGCCUCAGUGGUUGUCAGAAGCCAGCCAGCAGGUGCGGGCGUUCCCUCUGUCCUGUUGCCUUGAUCGCAGGGGAUCCUGUUGCCUUGAUCGCAGGGGACCCCGGGUUCACACGGUGGGCUCAACUUUCUAAGGGGCAGCCCUGCCAGACCCCCCGCUCCCUCGUCCCUCCCCGUCUGCACCAAAUACAAGAGACGGCUGGUGCUGUGAGUCCGUCUCAACAGUGUGCCUUUGGGGACAGGCCGUGUCCGGGACCUUGCCAAGGGGUGUUUGUGUGCAGCUUCUGGUCUCCUGUGCAGUAGCCGUGCUGGGCCGCGGUGGGAGCAGGGCCCAUUUCGGCAGAUCAGAGGGCGGAGCUACCCAGGUGACCGGGCUGGAACCAGAGCGGGCAGGAGAGAGGAGACUUGCUAGAGGACGUGGAGGGAGAGGCUGCAGCUCCCUGCACAGUCUGGAAGAGAGGGAUCCCGGCAUUCUGGGCCUCUGACCCCAGCUUCCCCUCUGGUUCCUGGACACCCCGAUGCUCCCUGGCUGUAAAUCGAGGGGCUCCUCCGGGCUGCCUGGCCCUGGGGGAGGGGCUGCUGGCUUCCAAGUUUUGCAGCUCCUUUUCUGCCAGGCACCGUGCUGCCUUAGAGCCCCGGAGCCAGGCCACCAGCCGCCCUCCCAGCCCUUGGGGCCACCCUGGGUUUCCGUGGGCCACUGGUUAAACGCUUGUUGGAGCUGAUCUGACGUCCUUGGCGGCCAGGUCUCCAAACCCCGACGUGGUGCCUUUCUGUUUACCAGCUACUUCAAUCCCAAAGUUGACCCUGCCACACCUCACUCCCAGCCACUUUGCCUUCUUGCUGUGCCGUGUGGGCUUUUGGUUUCUUACUGUUGUGUUUUUUUCUGGUGCUUGUGACUCCAUGUGGCUCGUGUUUAAAAGGGUGUAUGCGUUUGUGCAUGUGUGUGUGUGUCCGUGCACACACGUGUUGGUGUGACCGCCUGGGCUGGAGAGUUGAUUGUCAUGUUUACCAAUAAAAGUCGUGCUUUUUUAUUUGCUGCUAUGUGUGCAUGCGUGUCCGUGCGUGGCUGGGCAUCAGCCACGUCUGACCAGAGAGUCAUGGACUGUGCGGGGUUCCCUACGGGGGCUGCCUCGCGGUGUAGCCUGACUGGGUGUUUUAAUCCUGUCGUGUCUUUGUUUGCGUGUCUGUCAUGGCUAGGAAGAAGUGGCCAGUCUGUCCUCUUCUUAAGAGGGUUUGACAUAUUUUUAUAUAUAUUUUUUUGGUACCAAAAAGAGUGUGCCUUGUUUUGGUUACACUCAAAAUUCUGACCUGACCAAGAGGGCUCUGGGCCUAGAGGUUUCAUUAAGGGGACCCAGGGAGGCCCAGAGCUUUUGGACCAAUUGCUGGCUUGAUUUGUGUUUUUUAAUUAAAAAAAAAAAAAUCAUUCAUGUACGCCACUUCUGAUUGCUUUAAACUAUGGCUGUUGUUUGCUUUUUUAAAAGAGUGAGUAUGUGAUUGCCCCGGGAAGCUUAAGAUCUUUGUUGAAGCAGGACAGCAGCCCAGCCCCCUUAUUCAAUCAGGACCUACCAGGUAGAGAAAAUGCUUCCCCCAGGAAGCCGGUGGUGGUUUGAGGGGAGGGGGUGGGAGGAGGGGCGAGGUAGUGCCUAGAUGACUAGAUUUUUGCUCAAGUACAUUUAAAGAUUCUGUUGCUUUUCUAGUAUUUUUUGGAAAACUAACACUAGGCCUAGGUUAUAGGUUUGUUUUCUGGUUUCUGAUGUUAAUUUAUUUUGCAGGGGAAAGACAUUAGCAAGUGGUGUCAGGGUUUGUCUUACUUUCUGUUAACUUUUAGUAUAUCAAUAAAUUUUUUUUAACUUUG